UAGGAGUGCCAGAGAAGCCAGAGAUAGACGGUUUGACCAAGCCUGCCCUGGAGGGAGAUGAGAUCACUCUGACCUGCAUGACCCACGGCUCCAAGCCUGCUGCCGACCUCCGCUGGUUCAGGAACGAGAAGGAGAUCAAAGGUGCCAAGGAGGUGAAUGCCAGCGGGAAGACCUUCACAGUGACCAGUUCUCUACAGCUGCUAGUUGACAGGGACGAUGAUGGGGCAGCGUACACCUGUAAAGUAGACCACGUAGCCCUGUUACAGACACCACAACAGGCUACUGAAGUACUGGAGGUGCACUAUGCUCCUCGUGUGUUGAUCACCCAGUCGUUGACGUUCCCUCAGGAGGGUCAGUACCUGAAGCUGGAGUGUGUCUCCAAGGGGAACCCGUCGCCAGACCCUGUGUUGUGGACUAAGGAUGGAGGAGAGUUACCAGACCUGGAGAGAAUGAUCGUACAGGGAAGAGAGCUCACCUUUUCCGCCCUUAACAAGACAGACAAUGGCACCUACCGCUGUGUGGCCUCCAACCACCUAGGCACCAGCAGUGCAGAAUACAUACUCUACGUCUAUGACGUCCCCACCACCUUCCCUCCAUCCACCACCCCUGCCCCCCGCCCCACCAGGCACCACCGUCCCCCUAGACCCCAUAUCGCCUCCUCAGAACCUACAAACAUCAACAACAGAG